UUCAUUUCAAAUGACUCCCGACUCACUCUAUAGGGACACUAAACCGGAUAUAAAACCUUGGCUUCUGAGCACUAUGUAGUGCACUACAUGUAGGGAGACAUUUGGGAUGGAGCCUUUUCCUGCCGCUGCCGCCGCAUUCCCUGAGCACGGUGGGCUGCGGGCUGAAGUCGCACAGGGGAGAGGCACGGAUUUCCACAGCGCUGUGGGACACGGGGAAUGUUAGUUACUGUUCAUCUUGGCGUGUUUCCUCUGUGGAAAGGACCUGCUUUAUAGAAGCGUCGGUUUUAUUUUUACGGACUGUUCGUGCUGCCUACCAGCUAAUAAUUGUUUUUGGAAGUUGUAUCAAGUUAGUUAGCUAGCCAGGUUUUCCGAUCGGCUGCUAUAGCUACAGAGUAGUGUCAUUAGCUAGCUUAGAACUUACUUUGUGGUUAGCCAGACGUAGUUCGCAAAAGGAUCUAAUCGAUGUGUUUUUAGAUACGUUAAUGUUUUGCAAAUUAAUUUAUUGUACUAAGCAGUGUCGCUUAAACCAAUGUUUAAUAAAACAUUCCCAUUGUCUAGUGUCUAGGUAUUCAAGAGUUAACCUUACCUAGGGCAAUCCUGUCGCUAGCUACUUAGCUACCUAGCAUAUCUUCUUCUGCAGCAGGGUUUUCUCACGUUCGCUGGUUGUAACCGAUGCAGCUGAAGACAAACAGAUAACCAGUUUUAUUUAUCUGUCUUUUUUUUUAUUUUAAUAGAAUAUACAAAUAUACAUUUUCAAUAUGAACAGCUCUUCGUCGUAUUACAAACGCGCACUGUUUUAUUAAGAAGUAAGGCGUGUGAACGGUGGAGCGACAUCACGUCUAGCCAGGCUGAUAUUUGUUUAAUUUCUGACUCGGCUAAAUUGUAACUCCAACAACUUUCAGAAAAUGUAGCGGACAGUAUUAGGUGAACGACAUAAAUAUAAUUAGCCCCCCCCUUCAAAAAACAACAACUAGCUAGCUUUCUAGCUAAUUCAUUGUGAGCACACCAUGGUUCUCUGUUGUAUAUGAAUGGGAGCAUGAAGUGUUUUCUUCUGGAGCUUAGCUAGCUGUUUGUGUUUGUAGCCUCAGCACCGACGUGGCUAGCUGACUCCCUUUUUAAUGUCAGUGUUUAUAUUUUCAACACAAUUCUGUCAGAUAUUGUAAAGGCAGACACUACCACAUUUUUACUCCACCAUGUCGGGGGAAGUUCGUUUGAAAAAGCUGGAAAAGAUGUUUCUGGAUGGUCCGGUCCAGUCCAAUGGCCAGUGUUUCAGCGUCGAGUCUCUUCUGGACGUGCUCAUCUGCAUGUAUGAUGAGUGCAAUAAUUCCCCCCUCAGGAGGGAGAAGAACAUAGCAGAGUUCCUGGAGUGGGCUAAACCAUUCACAUCUAAAGUGAAACAGAUGAGACUACACAAGGAGGACUUUGAAAUCCUAAAAGUGAUUGGCCGAGGAGCGUUUGGAGAGGUAGCAGUUGUGAAGGUGAAGAACUCUGACAAGGUUUUUGCCAUGAAAAUUCUCAAUAAGUGGGAGAUGCUGAAAAGAGCUGAGACUGCAUGCUUUCGGGAGGAGCGGGAUGUUCUGGUGAACGGGGACAGCCAAUGGAUCACAACACUACAUUAUGCCUUCCAAGAUGACAACUUUCUGUAUCUGGUGAUGGAUUACUAUGUGGGCGGAGAUCUCCUGACGCUGCUGAGUAAGUUUGAGGACCGCUUACCUGAGGACAUGGCCCGAUUUUACCUGGCUGAAAUGGUGCUGGCUAUUGACUCUGUACAUCAGCUUCAUUAUGUCCACAGAGACAUCAAGCCAGACAACAUUCUCUUGGAUAUGAACGGACACAUUCGGCUGGCUGAUUUUGGCUCCUGCCUUAAACUCAUGGAUGAUGGAACGGUGCAGUCCUCUGUGGCAGUUGGCACUCCAGAUUACAUCUCUCCUGAGAUCCUGCAGGCCAUGGAGGAUGGCAAGGGCAAAUAUGGCCCUGAGUGUGACUGGUGGUCUCUGGGUGUCUGUAUGUAUGAAAUGCUGUAUGGGGAAACCCCCUUCUAUGCUGAAUCUCUGGUGGAGACUUACGGCAAGAUAAUGAACCACAAGGAGCGGUUCCAAUUUCCUGCCAAUAUCACAGAGGUGUCUGAGAAUGCCAAAGACUUGAUCCGCAGGCUCAUCUGCAGCAGGGAGCACCGGCUAGGCCAGAACGGCAUCCAGGACUUCAAGCAACAUCCGUUUUUUUCUGGCAUUGACUGGGACAACAUCCGAAACUGUGAUGCUCCAUACAUUCCUGAAGUCAGCAGCCCUUCAGACACUUCCAACUUUGAUGUGGAGGAUGACUGCCUCAAAAACACAGAGACAAUGCCUCCUCCUUCUAUAACAGCCUUUUCUGGACAUCAUCUUCCAUUUGUAGGCUUUACUUACACUAGUCAAUGCUCUCUAUCUGAUCGUGGGUGUCUGCGCGAGACUGCAGCCCCUGUGCAGAUGGACGUGUGUGUACAGCGCAGCUUGGAGGAGAGCCUAGCUACUGAGGCAUACGAGAGGAGGCUCCGCCGUCUGGAGCAGGAAAAAUUGGAGCUCAGCCGCAAACUACAAGAGUCCACUAAGACUGUGCAAGCUCUGCAGUAUGCUGGAGAUGCUCCUGUCUCUGCUAACAGGGAGUUUGAGAUCCAAGGCCUGAAAGAGGAGAUUGAGACCCUAAAGAAGCAGAUAGCAGACUCUGGUCAGUUGGAGCAGAAGUUGGAACAGGCCAGUGCAACCCGCAAAGAUGUGGAGGAGUCCACCAAACACAUCUGCUCUCUAGAGAAACAGAUAAAAAGCAUGAAGCAGGAGAGGGAGGCCAUGCAAAAGGAGCUGAUGGAGUCUGCAGAGAAGCUGAGGGCUCAGGGGAAGGAGCUGAAGGAGGCCGACAGUCAGAGAAAGCUAGCUAUGCACGAGUUCUCUGAGAUGAGUGAACGGUUGACAGAGCUGCGUUCUCAAAAACAGCGCCUCUCUCGCCAACUACGAGACAAAGAAGAGGAGAUGGAUGCAUUCAACCAGAAGCUGGAGGCCCUGAGGCUGGAUUUGCGCAAAGCAGAAAGGACAAGAAAAGAGAUGGAAGCCCAGGCCGAGGAGAGCACUUCGGAAGCCCAGAAAGAGAAGAAGUUGAGGGAUCGCAGUGAACAGUACAGCAGACAACUGGAGGAGGAAUUGGCGGCAGUGAAGCAAAAGCAGGCUGGUCGCUCCCCAGCUGCCGGAGCCCCUGAGCAGCACCAGGAGCUCACUAAGCUGCGUGGCGAUCUGGAGAAGAAGACAAUGUUUUAUGAGGAGGAGUUGUCUCGUCGCGAUGUCCAACAUGCCAGUGAGCUGAAGAGCCUGAAAAAGGAGCUCCGUGAUGCAGAUACACAACAUCUCUCUUUAAACAAAGAAAUAAUGAUGUUAAAAGACAAGCUAGAGAAGACUCGCAGAGAAAGUCAGAGCGAACGAGAGGAGUUUGAGACUGAGUACAAACAAAAGUAUGAGAGGGAAAGAGUGCUGCUGAUGGAAGAGAACAAGAAACUCUCCAGUGAACUGGAUAACUUGAUGAUCUUGUAUAAGAAGUUGAACAGCAGUCAGAAGCAGCUGGACGAGGAAAUGAGAGAGCUGACUGAUAAGAAAGAGAGUGUGGCCCACUGGGAAGCUCAAAUCACAGAGAUCAUACAGUGGGUGAGUGAUGAGAAAGAUGCACGGGGCUACCUCCAGGCUCUGGCCUCAAAGAUGAAUGAGGAGCUGGAGAGCCUGAGGAACACCAGUCUUGGUGCUCGCUCUACGGACAUGCCGUGGAAGAUGAGACGAUUGGCUAAGCUGGACAUGUCUGCCCGUCUGGAGCUGCAAUCUGCGCUGGACUCUGAAAUAAAAGCAAAACAAACCAUCCAAGAUGAGCUCAACAAAGUGAAGGCUGCCAACAUGGCCACUGAGUGCAAACUCCAGGACUCUGAAAAGAGGAACCAGGAUUUACAGACUGAGAUUGAGAGACUGAAAAGAGAAACAGAAGAACUACGUUUGUCUAAGGGUGUAAAGCACCAGGAUUCACAGAACUCCUUCCUUGCAUUCCUUAAUGCCCCAACCUCUGCUGUGGAACAAUUUGAUCGAUCUCCUGCCUGUGGUCAAGCCAGCAAAGGCAGACAUAUUGACUCCAUUGACAACUUUAGCCUGUCAAACACGCCAUCCCGAGAUGAUGAUCGCAAGUCUCAAGUUGUGUCCCACUCUCGUUCUCCUUCCACCACCAGUGACCUGGAGCCUCUAGAGCCAAUUGAUUAUCCCCAUAGAGGUACACAGACUCCUACCAUGCGAUCAGGAGGAUACAGUAGCUCUGGGUUUACCACACCUAAGCCAAAAGCUCACCAGUUUGUGGUAAAGUCCUUCAAUGCUCCAACUAAGUGUAACCAGUGCACUUCUCUGAUGGUGGGACUCAUCCGACAAGGCUGUAUAUGCGAAGUCUGCAACUUCUCAUGUCAUGUGACCUGUGCGGACAAAGCCCCUGCAGUGUGUCCUAUUCCGCCAGACCAGACGAAAGGUCCAUUGGGUAUCGACACACAGAAAGGCAUUGGCACGGCUUAUGAGGGCCAUGUUAGGGUGCCUAAGCCAGCAGGGGUGAAGAAAGGCUGGCAGAAGGCCCUUGCUGUUGUAUGUGAUUUUAAGUUGUUCCUCUAUGAGCUUGCCGAAGGGAAGGUCGCGCAGCCCAGUGUAGUGGUUAGCCAGGUCGUCGACAUGAGGGAUGAGGAUUUUUCAGUCAGUUCAGUACUAGCAUCUGAUGUUAUCCAUGCCAAUAGGAAGGACAUUCCCUGUAUUUUCAGGGUCACAGCAUCUCAGCUCUCUGCAUCUCGCAGUAAAAAAUGCUCCAUCCUGAUUCUGGCUGACAGUGAUCAGGAAAGGAAUAAGUGGGUAGGACUGCUGAAUGAGCUACACCGUCUCCUAAAGAAGAACAAGUUAAAGGAGCGCUCUGUUUAUAUCCCUAAAGAAGCUUAUGAUAGCACCCUGCCGCUUAUCAAAACCACCCAGUCUGCUGCUAUUAUAGAUCAUGAGAGGAUAGCCCUGGGCAAUGAGGAGGGACUGUAUAUCAUCCAUGUCACCAAAGAUGAGAUUAUCAAGGUAGGGGAUAGUAAAAAGGUCCACCUGAUUGACCUGAUUCCCUCUGAGCAGCUGCUAGCGGUCAUCUCUGGCCGUAACCGCCAUGUUCGGCUUUUCUCCAUGGCGGCUCUGGACGAUCGGGACGCAGACUUCUAUAAGCUUCCUGAAACUAAGGGCUGCCAGACGUUGGUGUCUGGCACGGUGAAGCAUGGUGUUCGCCCCUGCCUGUGCGUUGCCAUGAAGAGACAGGUAAUCUGCUACGAGCUCAACAAGGGUAAAACACGGUAUCGCAAGCUGCGGGAGCUGCAAGUACCUGCGGUGGUGCAGUGGAUGGCUCUACAGGGGGAUAAGCUGUGUGUAGGUUACCAGGCUGGAUUCCUACGCUACAGCUUGCAAGGAGAUGGGCCUCCCAAUAGUCUGCUCCAUCCGGAGGACCACACCCUGUCUUUCAUAGGGCAGCUGGGCUUGGAUGCACUCUGCGCUGUGGAAAUUUCCAGCAAAGAGUUACUCCUGUGCUUUAGCAGCAUUGGUGUUUAUGUUGACUGCCAGGGUAGACGUUCACGCCAGCAGGAGCUGAUGUGGCCAGCUGUACCAACUGCCUGUUGUUAUAAUGCACCUUACUUAUCAGUGUACAGUGAGAAUGCAGUGGAUGUGUUUGAUGUGAACAGUAUGGAAUGGAUCCAGACGAUUCCUUUGAAAAAGGUUCAUCCUCUGAACACAGACGGCUCAUUGAACCUGCUAGGAAUGGAGACAGUACGGCUAAUCUACUUUAAAAAUAAAACAGCAGAGGGAGACGAGCUGGUGGUUCCAGAGACAUCUGAUAACAGCCGGAAGCAGAUGGUGCGCAGUAUGACAAGCAAACGCCGCUUUUCCUUCAGAGUGCCAGAGGAAGAGAGGCUGCAACAGCGGAGAGAGAUGCUUAGAGAUCCUGAGAUGAGGAAUAAGUUGAUUUCAAAUCCAACCAACUUCAACCAUGUUGUUCAUAUGGGUCCUGGAGAUGGGAUACAAAUACUUAAAGACCUGCCAAUGCUCGGUUCUCCUCUCCCCUCUCCUUGCCUGCGCCACAUCUCCGUUGCCACCAGCUUUGAGCAUGUAUAUCACAUGACCGUCACCUCUGCCGAAAACUUCCUGUCCCAGAAUACCCCUCUUUCCUCCUACUCCCCAUCCCUAAGCUCUGCUCCUGGGACUCCUGCCUCCAUCUGCUCUCUGAAUGUGCGUCCUCAGGAGAGCCGGGGAGUAUUGGGCGGCUCAGUCAGCAUCCCCUCUAUAAGCAAAGCGAGACCUGAACCGGGCCGCUCCAUGAGUGCCAGCAGUGGCCUUGGCACACGUUCAUCCUCGCAGAAUGGCAGUGCACUUAGAAGGGAGUUCUCUAGUGGGAGUUAUGGUUCCAACAAGCGGCAGGCAAAGACCUCCCCCUCUGAGGGCUCCCUCUCGUCAGGGGGCGGCAUGGACUGUGCAGGUGAUGCCCCACUCUCCCAAUUUGACAGAGAGGAUUCUGAUUCACCGAGACAUUCUACAGCCUCCAACAGCUCCAACCUGAGCAGCCCACCAAGUCCAUCAUCCCCACAAAAGAGCAAGUCCCUCUCUCUGGAGCGCAGUGAGCAUCCAGGCUGGGAGUCCUGAGGACAGCACCAGGCGUUCAUCCUACUCGCUCUGCUCUCUGUACCCCUCUCUAGAGCAUCAGGAUCCCUCAAACCUAUGGUAAAGAAAAAAAAGACAAAGCAGCAUUGACGCUCAAGGAACUUGAUACACUACAUUUGGGGUGGUGUGUGAACAGGCCCUAUAUUUGUUUGUGCAUGUGUGUGAAUGAGUUCACAAACACACAUAAUUGCAAAAACAGUCCAAUAUGCACAUUUGAUUCCAGCCUUUUUAAGCCCUGCUUUGGCCUAAAAAUGACAAACAUUUCCAGUAGAUUUAGAUUUCUUGUGGUGAACAAAGUUCAGUGGUUUUCUUCUAACCUAUUACAAAAGUUUUAUCUGCUAAUGACACUACUAUUUUAAACUUUAAAUAUUAAGAAUAAUUUAAACUUCCCUGAUUAAAAAAAAAGGCUUUUAAAACACUAAAUGCAAUCGAGUCAACCUUUGUUUACGAACAAGAUGAAUUUGGAGCAUGAUUAGAUUAGAUGUUAGUGCUUAGUAACCAAUUAAUGCUUCGAAACAUUUAUAACAUGGAGAUAAGAUUGUUCCCAGCCUCAGCACUACAUUUAAAUUGACCUCGGCACUCCGGUGCCACGCAGCUCUUUCAUAUGUAAAGCUCAGAAUAACGUAGAAAUAGAACGAAUGAAUUCAAUAAUGUACAUAGAGUUUAAGUAGAGUAUAAUAUAUUAUGAAAAAUAACACUAUUGUGAAAAGUGACUUUGCUUGGAGAGUGCUAUUUUCUUUUGACUUUGUGAGUCAAAGUUUUUAAACCUUCAAAUGCAGCCACGUUUAAUUGAACAAUUUUAGCCUUCUUUUAUCAGAAUAUCCAUAAGUGUCCAUAGUCCCACUGACCCUGCCUGGAUUUUAUUAGGAACUAUGUUAAAUAUUAUGUCCAAAUGUAAUGACAGAAACACCAGGCACAUGCAUGCAGGCGCACACAGAUAGGUGUGUAGGAUUACACAUGAGAUCAUAUUAGAAUAGAAACACAAUCCCUCAGUCACAUUCUUUGUGGUGAAUGUAUCAAAAAAAAAAUGAUUACAGCCACCUUCUUCUUCUUCCUCCUCUCCUUGCCUACUUUAGUGUGCUUCGUGGUUCCUUUACUGGAGCAAUAAUGCUGUUUCCAAAGAUUUUUUGUUAAUUGUUAUUACUGUUUUUGUCUAAUUUUAUUUUUAUUUUGUUUGUUUUGUUUUAAUGAGUGUUUUUAUGACACGCGUAACAUGAAACCAAACAUAGCCUGGGUGUGGAUGUACAUAUAAAGUAUAAUCUGUAUGUUAUCACGGGUUUGAUGACACUAAAGUCACUGUUGUGUGACACUCACAAAACAUAAUCCAGUUAAGCUUUAGAGUGCUUCUCCCAUUUAGGGAGCAUUCAAGGGCUUUUACUCAUUCACUGGUGCAUUUAUCUGUUGCCUCUUCUUUUGUUACUUUCCGUAGCCAGUAAAAACACCGUUGGGAUGGGGAGAGGGGUGGGGAGUUGAUGGCAAGGUGUGAAAUUAACUAUUAAUUAACGAUCAUUUUAAGAGUUCAGGGAUAGUGCGUAGUUGGACUAUCAAGCACCCCUGGGUCUUUUUACCUCAACUUUCCGAGACAAGCCAUUAAUUAUAGUUCACUUUCAAGCAGAACAAGCUUUCUGUACUAUAUCGCUCAUUCCAUGCAUUUUAUUUUUGGGUUUAUGUGCAUCUUCUUUUGUCAGAAGAGCCAACUCGUGCAUAUAAUUUAAACAAAGCUUUUGCUUUAUUUUUCUGAUUAUUCCUUUUUAAGAUAUUUCUAGGGUCCAUUAAUUCAUGCUAUUGGAGCAAUCCAUGAGCUAUCCAAAUUCCAGAGAUCAGGAUUUGUUUACUGGGGCAAGAAAUGAGUUUUCAGUGUAAAAGCACAGCUUUGCAUAUGAAGAUAACAAAAAGUAUUUGUAUUUACAUAAAGUGUAAGUAUAGACUUGGUAAAAUGGUCACUAUUCUUGUCAGCAUAUUGUCACAACUCUGACAUCAUUGUAGCUCCUGAACUAUUAUUUAAGGGAUUUACAUUAUUAUAAACUUCACGCUGCCUUUUAUCCAUAUUGCUUUUAUUAACUCCAGAUCUAUAAAAACGCCUAAAGGACAUAAUGAGGGACAACUGUCUGAGAGGAAAAACUAAUCUAAACAGUCUACACUGGAGUUACAAGAUUUUCAUGCAACAGUAUUUUAAAAUACUGUUUUGCAAACAUGAUUGAAAUUCACUGUGGACCAGUCAGAUAAACUUGGCACAUUGGAUUCUCAAAUAAGCAGCUGAUUUGCAAUGUGUACUAUUGUUUGGGAUCAUUCUUAUGUGGUAUUAUGUUGUCAUAUUUAUUCCUACUGAAUCUAAGCGACCAUACUCUAUAAUGUAAGUUUAAUGCAGAGUGCGUUUGCCUUGUUGAAUUGAGGCGAUGAUGGAUAAAAUGUUUAUACAAGCAUGAUGGUAUAACAGGAAGCCUGUUUGAUGUUACUCAGGUAUGUUAGAACCAAUGAUUUAUUUUAUUACAAUGAGAAAUAGAGAGCAAGAGGAGAACACAAUCAGACUUUUCUGUAUGUCUUUUGGUGUUGUAUUAGGACUCUUAGUCAUGGUGUAGGCCAACAUUAGCGGGAGGUGCCUUAACUGAACUCAGUUUGAAUGCUGGGUAGUGUAGUAUGAAUAUGGAUUAGACUUGAGGGAACCGAGGGGGAACUGAAAACAAAAUGAGGGUUUACUCUGCCUUGUAUAUUACAGCUUUUUCAUAUCACUUUUUUUUGUUUGUUUUUUUUUGUAAGAAUAUGUACAGUUUUGCAUGUCAGGUGUAUUCACUUAAAAAUUUAAGGCUGGAUUUUCCAACUGUUUUUACCAUAUUUUAUUGAUCUGUGUAGUGUGGACGCUUGGGAUGUGAACAAGAAGAAUACCAUACUUUUUUUUUUUUUUUGGGCACAUGCUUAUUUAAGGUGGAAUGUCAUUGAGUUUAUAUUUAAUUAGCCACCACUCUUCACAUUGAGAACUCGUAUCUUGACUGAUUUAUUUCAAUAAAAUGGGGAACUGUU